GAACUUAUUUAGUGACUGUAUAAGUCCUUCUCAGUUUGUUUUCUGUAUAGUGGGAUUUUUCGAGGCUUUUGGUAACGAAAACGAAUUUGGCAGAACUAUUUAUUUUGACGGGUCGCUGAUGCCAGAUAAUAUGUCAACCUGACAUAAAGUGGGAUUUGUUGUGAAAAAGAAUCUAGGACAUUGUUUUUUCUAGUAGAAUGUUGUUAAGAGAUCAGUGACAGUUACAACAUGGAAAUCCUAGAGACAGAGUCUUUGACAAAGUCUGCCAAGAAGAAAAAAGAUUUCUUAGAUGAGCAAGCAAGGAAGAACACCCGAAAGAUUUCCGAUUUCUUCAAAACUCCUGAGAAGCAAGUGGAAAAGCAGAGACAGAAAAGUCUGUUACAAUUCUUUGGGAAGUCAGGCCAAGAAGAUGAAGGGAGGUUAGAAGACAAUGUUGUGGCAAUUGUAGAUGAUGUAAUUGUCAAUGGCACUGAAGUAACUACCCCAACUAACAGCGACAAAGAAAAUAAUGAAGUGGUUGAUGAUAAUGGAACCAAAACUGAAAAAGGGGAAAGUAAACCAAAGUCAAAGAAGAAACAAAGAGGUUCAGAAAGUAGUAAUGAUGACAGUAACACUGGACUACAACUCAAACACUCUCAAAAUGACAGUGAUGCUGUUGAAGCAAAAAAGGAUAAGAAACGCAAAAAGAAUAGAAAAUCAAAGGAAAAAAGACCAGAUGACAAGCUUUCAGAUUCUGUAAUACUUUUAUCAGAUUCUAGUUCAAGCAAUCUACUAAGUAUAGACAGCAAAGAAGAAGAAACUGAAAGCAAUGACGUGCCUGGUGUUGAAUCAGUGAAAGAAAUUCCAAAAGUUGGUGGUAGUGGUGAGGAAGGAAAAACAAAUUGUGGCCAAGUUGUAAAAGCAACAGGUGAAAAUGAAGAAGUUGAGAAAAUAGAAAGUGGGGAAGAAUGUGAAAUGGAUGUUGAUGAUGUUGAAGCACCUUGUAAAAUAGGAAUGGAUGACUUCACUGAUAAAAAGGAGGAAAUUGGGCUGAAGGAUAAUGAAGAUAAAGUUGCUAGUGAAAUAUCUUCAGGUAAUGCUUGUAAAGCAGGAGAAAUUAUAGUUACCAAAAUUGAAAACAGUGAUAAAAUAUCCGAAGCAACAAAUAGUACGGAAGAUACAAAAGAAAAAUCUGUAGAAAAACAUGUCACUAUUAAGCAAGAAAAGACAAAGAAAAUAAAGAAAAGUGCUGAAUAUAAAAAGGUGAAAAAUUUGAAAUCUGAAUCUUCAAAUGCAGUUCAUAAAUCUUCGAAAGAGGCUGAAGAAGAAUUAGUGGAAAAGGUUGAAAAUACAGUACAGAAAGAAAAACAAGGGGAACUGAUGAAAACUGAGAAAAGAAAGUCGAAGAAAGGUGCAUUGAAAGGAAAAGACAUGCUUAACUUAUUGAAAGAGAUUCAGUCUGCUGAAUCUGAAGACAAAAAUAAAAAGAAACAUAGAAAGAAGCAUAAACAUAACAAGACAAAAGGAAAACAGGAAAAGGAAGUUCUUGAAAUUGCGGUGUCAGAAGAUAAUUCUGAAAAAGCAGAAAUGAAUACAGUAAAGAAUGAAAUUGUUGAAGAGAAUGACAAACAUUUGCUUUCUGCUGAAAGUGAACAGGAUAAAACAAAUAUAGAAACAUGUAAUAAAAAUGGUAAGAAAGCGACAAGGAGAAGUAUUGUUAAGGUAGUUAAAAAAGAUGUAAACGAUGGAAGUCAGAAAGAGAGGAAUAUUAAAGAGGAUGCUAAACAGUUGAAAAAUGAUAACAUAAAACCUAAAAGAGGCAGACCAAAGAAAAAAGUAGUAGAAGGAGAUUCUGUACCAGGUGAUUCAAAUCAGUUAUCUUACAAAGACUUUACAGAGACUUUGGAUUGUAAGAAUUCACAGACGCAGGAAAAGAAGGAAGAUCAUGCCGAGACGAAAGAAAUGUCUUACACUGAAUACCUACAGUUAAUGGAAAAAGCAAAUGCUGGUGACAGUGUUGACUUGUGUGAAUCUGACACUGAAAACAUGCCUGAGUCUAGUGCUGAAAAGGAUGCAGUUCCUGAAGAAAACGUUAAUAGCUCUGGGAAACCUGAUGAAGAUAUUCCUGAACUUGACUCGAUCUCAGAAAAAAGUAAUAUUAAAAAAUUCUUUACAGUAAUGACUUCAACACCAGAUAGAGAAAAGGUUAACAAAAAAACUGGAAAAGUACUUUCGAAAAAGACUGGAAAGGCUAAAACUUCAAAAUUGACAAAACCAAUUAAACUUACAAAUGAAACUGAGCAAGAUAUGGAUUGUGAAAUAAUAGAAAGUAAAAAGGAAGUAGAAGUUGAAUUGGAUGUGGAAACAAUUGAUGUUGAAAAAAUGGUACCAGAGUCACAAUCAGAAGUUAUCAAAACUGAUGUGCCAGAUAAAAGCUUAUUUUCUAUAAAGAAAACUCAGGCUACUCUAAGUUUCGGCAAAUCAGGUCUUACAGUUUCAAAGCCAGUAAUAAAUUCAGAUGAAGAAGACUCAAAGGACAAAACAAAUAAGAAAUGUGCAACAUCUGAUCAAAUUGAGAAACAAAGAGAAUGUGAGGCAGACAUGAAAAAAGCAGAAAAACCAAAACGUGGGCGAAAGUCAAGAAAAGACACUGUAGACCUAGAUACAACCGACAAUUCAGUGUUUGCUACACCAGAAAAUGUUAAGAAAAGAAAAGCAAAGAGAAAACUUGAGGAACAUGAGGAAGAGGGAUCAGAAUCGGCAGAUAGCGGAGAUAGACGAAGGUCACUUAGAAAGCGGUACAAAGUCGAGGCCUUCCAGAUGGAUGCAGAUAAGAAGACUCCCAUCAAAAUUAAGCUUAAAAGGUGUCCAAAGAGUAGCAGCAGUGGUGAAGAUAUUGAAAAGUCUGGUUUAAAUGUUAGAAAACUCAAGCCUACGGUGAAGCAAACUACGGCCCUUGCUCUGUUGGAAAAAGCCAAAAGAGGAAAGCUUAAGAAGCAUAAGAUGAAGAAAGACAAAGAAACAUUUAGCCUGAAGAAACAGAAAGAAUCGCAGAAGCAGAAAAAGGACAUAAAGAAGAGAAAUGAAUCUAAUUCAUCUGAAGAUUCGGUGACUCGUAGAAGUUCUAGACUAGAAGGCAGGGUUAUGGCAUCCAUGGAAGAGGUUUCCUUGGAAAAUAUUGUAAUUUCUUCGUCUGAGGAUGAGGGAGAUGGUGCAAAGAAAGUAAAGAAAAGGGGACGUCCAAAGGGGUCAAAGAAAGUAAUAGGGGAGCUUCCAAAGAAAGCUACAGAUACGGAUAUUGCGGAUAAUAAAAGUACACCAAAGAAAGAUGGUGUGAAGAAGAAGAUUGGUAGCCCAUCUAAAAAUAGAACACCUUCGAAGAAAACAGGUAUGAAACUUGCCCCAAUGUUUUUAAUGGGAAAGAAUAAACCCGCAGAGCCAUCGCCCAAGAAACCACCUCUAGAUCCAGAGCUGGUGAAACAGAGACAGCAGUUCCUUAUGAGCGGGGUACCAGAAGAGUUACAAAAACAGACUGCUACCAGGAUUGCUUCACAAGUGGAUGCUGAUUAUCCUCCAAUACCGAAAACCAGUCAUGUUCUACAGGCUCCUGCAGAUCUUGUAUCAUCACAGACUGGAACGAUUAAUGUUUGGGAUUUGAGCCCUGUUGAGCUGAAACUCCGCCAUGUUAUUAUUCCCAUCUCUAUCCCCCCACUUGCAAGAUUUACCGGAAGUCUGAUAAACGGAAUUGAAAAUAAAUCUGUUGAUUUUGACAGAAUGAAGAAUUUCAAGCUUCAUGCGCCAAUACCAGAUGAUAUGAUUGAGUUGUGCCAGAAAGAAAUUGCUUGUUUCAACUCCACAUAUCCAGUUACCUCAAUGUAUAAAGCUUUGAAGGAAAUGAAGACUGAAACUGAAAAACCUCCCCCUAAGUCAGAGUCGAUGUUGAAGACAGACAUGAAAGGUAUACUGGAUGGUUGUACAGAUAUGAUGGUCAUUGAUGAGGGGGAUGAAGAUCAAGGGAAGAAAAAGAAGAAGAAAAGCCUGAAAUUACAGAAGAAAGAAAAGACGGAGGAAAAGGUUGAAGAACCCAAAGUGGAAGAUAAACCUAAAGUUACUGGUUCGAGUCUAUUGUGGACAGAGAAGUAUUGUCCUGCGAAGACAGCUGAAGUGUUGGGUAACUCUGGCGUAAUGAAGAAGUUGAAGACUUGGUUGACAGAGUGGAAACAUGUACUAGACAGGGAAGCCAGAAAGGCUAGAAAAUUACUAAUGAAGAAAAAUAAAGGGAAGCAAUUGCCAAGUAAAAAAGAUGCUGAUGAUUUAUGGGAUGAUGACAGUGAUUUUGACAUGGACAGUGAGGAUAGUGAUGAUGAUGAUUCUCUUUGUAACACUAUGCUCUUGUCAGGGCCUCAUGGAUGUGGCAAGACAAGCUCUGUAUAUGCAUUGGCCCUGGAAUUAGGAUUUAAGGUACAUGAGGUGAAUGCCUCGUCAUGUAGAAGUGGGAAACAGAUUCUGUCACAGCUACAAGAAGCUACACAGUCACACCAAGUAUCUAGUCAAGGGAAUCAUACACCUAGGAAAAAUACAGCUCUUGGUGACAAACCGAAGCCGGAAAACAAGAUGCCAACUGCAUUUACAAAUCUCUUCAAGAAGGCAGCAGCACCAGCAGCAGAGAGUAAACAAGAGGAAAAACAAACAGGAAGGAAGAGAAAAAGGAACAAAUCUGAUAAAGAAGGAAACCCCCAAAAUAAGCGAGAGAAGCGAGGAAAUGAAAUGAAACACAAGAGUUUGCAGCUGGUGAUUGAGGACAGUAACUCCCAGAGUGCCGCCAAGAGUCUGAACCUGUCUAGUACAACACUGAUACUGUUUGAUGAGGUUGAUAUAGUGUUUGAUGAGGACAGGGGAUUUUUGUCUGCGAUACAGAAUUUCAUGUCCAACACAAAGAUUCCCAUUGUCCUGACUACCGCAGAUCCAGGCUUCACAGAUACAUUCGAUGGCAGAUAUGAACAAAUGAACUUUAAAAGACCAUCUGUGGCAAGCAUUACAACUCAUCUACAGACCAUUUCAUUGGUUGAGAACAUGCGAACAGAUCCCAUCAUGUUAGCGGAACUUGCUCAGUUCUACCACUGUGAUAUGAGAAGGUGCCUUGUAGCUCUUCAGUACCUUUUGGAAUCUGGAGGAGGACACACGAUCUCCCACAAAGUUGUACAAGUUUUUAAAAAUUCCCAGAAAACUGCCGAUGCUCUAGGAUUAGAAAUGGAAAAUUCUCAAAGCAGUAUACAAAGUGACAGCUGCUUGACAUUCAGGACAGAAAAAUUGAACAUUGAUCAGAAAAGUGAAAUGAGUAGAGACGUUGAUAAUAGUGACGAUGAUUUUGUUUCACUUAAGCCGUUAAAGAAGAGGCGACGUGUGUUGGAAGAUGAUAAUUCUAAUUCGGUAGACGCUUGUUCUCAAGUCACUUUAAAUAGGCAGACAGAGGUUAUAGCUGUAGAUGAUAAUGAGGAAGUGAAGAAUUAUCCUCCAGUUCAUAGUAUAGGGUUGGAGUCUCUCAUAGGUGGCAGAGAUAUCUCCAUAGCUGAUUUUCUUACUCAGGGACUGAAGGCCAAGUCAACUGCCACUCUUCAGGAAAUGAUUUGUACAUGUUGUUGUAUAAAACAGACUUCAGGGAUGGAUCCCUUCUACAACAAUCUACACAUAGUGUUACCAUUUACUACAAAAGUAGUGGACUCUGUGUUCAAGGUGUCUCAGGACUCCAGUAAUAGUAAAUCUAAAAAGAGAAAAAGAAUUCGAAUAGGAAGUGAUUUAUAUGAUAGUGAAGCAUCAAAUGAUGCAAGUAAUGUUGAACAUUCUGAUGAUAAACUGGAAGAAGAGAUUGAAAAUGAUCGGACAGAAUUGGAAAAGUUGGCAAAAGGAAGCAAAGUGGAGAAUUUGUGUUUAGCGAAGAGUUUGUCACAUUUUACAAGAUUUUAUGACACAAUGUCAUCGUUAGAUGUGCUGGAAUCUAACGAUAGAAUGAAAAUUUGUGAUAAAAUGCAGAGUUUUAAGGGCAGGGAUGUGAAAGGUACUCUUGUUGCAGGCGUGGGAAACGAGCUUGCCAGUUUCCCGACACAGUGUGAAUUAGAUCUAGACUCUCAUAGAAUGUAUAGUUCAGAGAUUGAAACAAGAAGUAUAUGUAAAAUGUACAGGGAGUGCAGUGCAGUGAAGGAAGAGGCAGAAAAGUUGAAUGGUGAAAAUGAGACUUUUGCAGAAAACUUCACACUACCAGUCAGCAGGCAGAAUGAACAUUUUACCCUAGUCGAUAACAGUAGUAUAAGCAUUCCUGGCGAGUACAGAAGAGCAUGCGACAAUUCUGUGGACAAUCUACCUCUGGUAUCACAUUCACACCUUAGAACAGUUCACCUAGACUACCUACCAACUCUCAGGGAAAUCUGCAGAACAGAGCAGUGUAGGCAGGUCACAAACACUAAAAGAAGGUUUCAUCAUUAUUUGGACAGUAUCACUCUUCCAUUAAAGGAUAGAACAAUGUCUACCCUAGCAACAACAUUUGUUUGAUAUUUUCCAAGUAUUGAUGUCAGAGAGUAUGACAUUCCUGUUAAGAAAACCUCAAAUUCUGAGUGUAGACUGGUCUUGGGAAUGCAGGCUUGCCACUUACCGUAUAGCGGGUUAUUUCUGCGGUCAAAAUAUUCUGCGUUUUGGUGCCAAAAAUUGUGUAAGAAAUUUCUGCGUGUUAAAUUUCUGCGUUUUCACAUAAAAGGAAGAGAAAUUUCUGCGUUUUCGAUACCAAGGAGGAGGUAAUUCCUCACAUGAUCAGGUGCCGUGAGUAUGAUAGCAUAUAAAAAACAA